GUGCGAGAAUGACAUUGACCUCUGCAACGCCAGCGGGCCAGGAGGGGGCGGGAGUCUGUGCGAGAACAACAGCUCGUGCCAGGACCGGGGCUACGACUUUGUCUGUGACUGUGGCGGUGCUGCCUUCACUGGGGUCUUCUGUAAUGUCUCGUUGGAGCAGAGCUGCUCAGGACCCUCAUAUCCUUGUGCCAACGGUGGCUCGUGUGCCGACACCACCACAUCAAUAGGAGGCCUUAACAAUGUAUCCUCCUUCACCUGCACUUGUCCGGUGGGAUUCGAACCCCCACUGUGUGAGCGUCAGAUAGACUACUGCAGCAUCUACGGUGUGGUGUGUAGCAGCAAUGGCAGCUGCACCAGCCACACCGACGCCACCAACUACACCUGCGACUGCUCGGACACUGGUUACAUGGGGGUCAACUGCACUGACGUCGUCGACCCGUGUGUGGGAGUGGACUGUGGCAGUGGCACGUGUGUCAGCUCCGACACAGGCUCCAUGUGUCACUGUCCAGACACCCUGACGGGUCCUCGUUGUGAGUCACGAGUGGACAACUGCGCCAACUCUUCCUUCUGCCAGCACGGGAAAUGUUUGAACAACCACUGUGACUGUACCGGGUCUGGAUAUGUGGGAGACCACUGUGAGAUUGAGGAAAACGAGUGUAACAGAACGGUCCCUGUUUGCCUUCACGACGGAGUAUGCACGGAUCGGGAGGGUACCUUUGACUGCAACUGCACGCUGGGCUACGAAGGACUGACAUGCGCCACUCCAAACUGCACAGCUGACAUCUGCCUGGCUGGUGACUGUCGCACCAACGCCACCGACUGGUAUUGUGUGUGCCCGAAGUACUAUGAGGGUUCGCGAUGUGAGACCAAAGGGCCGUGUGCCGACGAACCAUGCGACGCGAAUCAUACAGACGUGUGUAUACAAUCCAUCCCGGAUAAUAGUUACAACUGCUCAUGCAUUCAAGGCUGGGAGGGCAAGAACUGCUCCGAAGACAUAGACGAAUGUAGUAUUGUGGGCGCUGUGGACUGCGGUAACGGCACGUGUCGGAACCUGCCAGGCACGUUCAGGUGCGAGUGCUUCCCUGGCUUCACGGGCGCCCAGUGUGAGCAGAACAUUGACGAGUGUCUGCUGGAGGAGCGAUGCUUCAACGGAGGCCAGUGUCGGGAUGGCAUCAAUUCCUUCACGUGCGACUGUACCGGGACUGGUUACCAGGGAGACAACUGCUCUGCAGACGUGGACGAGUGCCUGCAGGACCCCCCGAUCUGCCACCAGGGCAACUGCGUCAACGGGCCGGGCAACUUCACCUGUAUCUGUGACAUGGAGCUGUACCUCGGGGACUUUUGCCAGCUGGACAACCCCUGCCUCAACGUGACCUGCAUGAACGGCGGCUCGUGCCAGUACUCGCUCGUUGACCAGCAGCAAACUAGCUUCAUCUGCGAGUGCGCCGACGGUUACGACGGGCCCAGCUGUGAGAAGAGCCCGGUCAAGUCCGACGAUGACACCGACCUCAUCCUCAUCCUGGUGCCGAUCCUGGGCGGGCUGUUGUUUAUUGCUUUGAUAGUGGGGGCCAUCUGGUUGCUGAAGUCAUGGCGGGAGAAGCGAGCCAGCCACGGCGUGUACAGCCCCAGCCAGCAGGAGUCGUCGGGGUCCAGGGUGGAGCUAGGCAAUGUGCUGAAGAAACCACCGGAGGAGAGGCUGAUCUAGGCCAGCCAGGCUCACUUGACAGUUGUGUGUCUGUGUACAUAGUUGUGUGUGUGUGGGUGGGUGGAUGUGUGUGUAGUGUGUGUGUGGGUGGGUGGUGUAUGUGUGUGGGUGUGUUUAUAGUUUAUGUGUGGGUGGGUGGACAUGUGUGUGUGUGUGUUUGAGGGUGUUGAUAAAUGUUUGAGAAAGAAUGAUGGUUUUCAGAAAGACAUAGGGAGACAGUUGAGAAAGACUUCACAGAGAGAGAGAGAGAGGCAGUGAGAGGUAGAGCGAGAUGGAGAGAGAGAGAAAGAGAGAGAUAUGGGAGAGAGAAAGAGAAAGGGGAGAGAGAGUGAGAGACACAGAGAGAGAGAGAGAGAGAGAGAGAGCUGUCUAUGAGAGAGGAAUUGGCUUAAUGUGUACCUGACCAGUGUGUUAUUUAGCUCAAAAUGUAUGGUUUUGAUUCAUGCUAUGUUUUGUGAUCAACCGUCUUAAUAAAUGGACACUUCUGUAUUUUUGCACUUGCCAGAUGAGUGGUAAAGUGAGAAUGUGGGUGGUUGGAGGGUGCCACUGGUAGAUAGAUAUAAUAUAUAAAUACUUUGACCACCUGGUAGAUAGAUAUGAAUUCUUUUACCUCGAUACAUUUUUUCCCUAGUCCUUUUUGUCUGACAGUCUCUCUUGCUUUUUUUUUCUUGAGCUAGAUGGUCUUCAUUCUUUUGAGAUGUGCUUUUCUUCUAUAUUCAAACUCAAUCAAAGAAAAUGAAAGUAAUUUGUGCACGUGUAUGUGUCUACCUGUAUGUACUUGUGUGCGUCUGUAGGCACAUAUAUUUUGUCUUCAUGCCAUAAAAAAAAAAAAA